CUCUCUCGUGCGCGCGGUCGUGAAGAAACCAGCUGGUCCCUCGCGCCCUAUAAUACCACGCACGACGUGCUUUACCUUCAAUGAAAGCUGGCUGCGUCUGCGUGCCGGAACCUCUCAGCUGCAUGUUCAGGCGGUGUUAAAGUGAUCUGUUCUCAGGGUUUGAGGUUUGUUUGUGACUGCUGUCAAAAGUGAUGAGGACUCCUAGAGUGAUGCUGUCUUUUUGGAGUUAGGAGACACUUUUGGAGACUUGUCAGGUUGGCCGCCGCUGCUCUUCUUCUCAUCGCUGCGUGAACUUUGUCUCAAGAAUGGCCUUCUACUCCCAGAUGGUGAUCGUGCUGCUUUACGCAUGGAGCUCUCUGUUUCUUGGAUAUUGCGCGAUGCUGAAGGCAAACAGUUUCCCGCAGAGACGGAAGGUGGAUUUUACGCAUUCAGUGGAUAAAAGGGACGCGGUGCAGGGAGAACGAGAUCUGCUCUUACAGGACACAAUGACGAAGCACAUGCAGAUGUUGUAUGCGAAGUACAACCGAGCUGGAUUUCCCUUCAGAGACGGCAACACUGUCCGCAGCUUCAAGGCGCAUUGGGGUACCAUAAAUGAGAAACAUCUGCAGAUUUUUAACCUGACUUCCCUCACCAAGUCAGAAGAUGUUCUGUCUGCCACUCUUCAUUACUACAUCGGAGACCUUCAGAACAGCACCUGGGGUUGCUCCAGGUCAAAAAGCUGUGGCCGCCAUGCUGUCCUGAGACACAACCACAUCCACAUGGUCAUCUGGAGUUUUGCCUCCGUAGAUAAUAAGAUGAGGAGCCUCGGACACUUGCGCAUCAAUGUGUCCACCCUCUACAGGGACUUCAUUUCUUGGCAGUGGAAGGACAUAACACGUGUUGUCAACCAGGCCAAGCAUCACAAAGAGCUGCUCAUUGGAAUUGAUGUAGCUUCACAAGGGCCCCAACCAUGGAAGAAACUUCUGUCGGACCGUUCACCCUACAUCCUGGUCUAUGCCAAUGACUCUGCCAUCUCAGAGCCAGAGAGCGUGGUAGCCACUCUGCAGAGACAAGGUUCGGUGGCCAACAAGGACCUUAUGUCACACAGAUCCCAUGCAGGGGGACUUCAAGAGCAAAACAACACAGAGCAUCUGCAACACAGACACAGGCGCUCUGUGAACGUUCUUCUCCCUUUGCAAAAUAAUGAGCUUCCUGGGCCUGAGUAUCCCUACGAAACAACGGGGUGGGAUGAGACAAGUCCAUAUGAGCCUUUUGAGAAAAAGCAGACCCGUCGGCCUCGGAAAAAGACACGCAAGAACCAGCGACACCAGAUGCCUCUGCUGCAGUUUGAUGAGCAGACCAUUAAAAAAGCCCGAAAGAAGCAGUGGAACGAACCCAGAACCUGCGCUCGGAGGUACCUGAAGGUGGACUUUGCAGACAUUGGAUGGAGUGAGUGGAUUAUUUCACCAAAGUCCUUUGAUGCCUACUACUGCUCAGGGUCCUGCCAGUUUCCUAUGCCAAAGGCUUUGAAGCCCUCCAACCACGCGUCCAUUCAGAGCAUCGUGCGGGCGGUGGGUGUCGUUCCUGGCAUACCAGAACCAUGCUGUGUCCCGGAGAAGAUGUCGUCCCUCAGCAUCCUGUUCUUUGACGAGGACCAAAAAGUGGUGCUCAAAGUCUAUCCCAACAUGACGGUGGAUUCCUGCGCCUGCCGGUAGUCCUCCCCCCCAUUUUGCACUUCACAUUGUACUGAGUGGAAAGCAGCGUCCCCUUCAGUUGCUCUAACUCCCAUGCAAACGAUCAUGGGAGAGCAGUCCGAUGUCUGUGUAAAGAGGAAUUAAGGACGGUGUGAGUGAUCCUGCUGGAAGAUUCUCCAACUGACAGUCAGACAAGGUUCUUCAUGGUGAGAAUGCUGUCAUCAACUUACCUCCAUGAAACCAACAAAACCCUAAAGGAGACCAGAAUGUUUACUUUUUAGAGGAACUGAUUUCUGUUCGGGGGUGUUUACAGUUGCAGUUUUUAUCCCAAAGUCACCUUGGCUCACACGUUGAUGUUUCUUUUUUACAUGUGAGAUUGUUUCUGCAUCAUCAGUGUUCAAAUCCAAAUUACAAAUGACGGGCCAGCAGGUGACCGAGCAUCUUUGUGCUCACAUCAUUGCUCUACUGUUCCAAACAUUCAUUAGUAAGCUGUGUUUAUCUUCAUUCACAGCAGAGAUUGUGGCAGACCUAUUUUCCUCCAUCACAGCCAUCUAUAAACCAACAGGAACCAGAAUAUACACACUAAGUCCAUGUAAGCUGGACAGGAGUUCAGAAGACUGAAGGAAAACAGUUUGAAGGCCACAUGUAAAGGGACAACUUGCUCGUUUUUAACACAUUAAUCUUACUGUAUAUACAUUAUGUCACCUAUAAAAAGACUUAAACAUUCUUAAAGAUAUAUCAAGUCACAAAAGGAUUUCUUUAAUCAACAAAGUAACAGUAUCCACAUGUGGAACAAUGUCUCAUCCAGGCUCUGUUUUUAGAGACGCUUAUAUUUGUGCUGGAGCCAGGAAUUGCCCCAAAGCUGCCAACAAGUGGUCUUGUGGUGGAUUCAGAAUUGAUUUUCAGCCAGCUGCCUCCCCUCUUCCCACCAAGUCUGAAAGUGGAACCACAAUCCUGUGUUGCAGUAAGCGGAGUCCUGUGGAAAAGACUGUGUGCAUGCGUGUGUGUGCAGGAAUAUAAUAGAGUUGAACGCCGUUGACAUGGAGCGUGGUCUCUGUUGGACCACACCUUCAAAGGAGAACAACUCCUCACCAAAGUGCCUCCUCUUCUGUUGUCAUUCAUAACUCAAUCAUCUAUUUAUUUAGAACAAAUAUGCUUGCCUUGUUUUAAAAACCUAAAUACACAGCAACCUUUACUUUUUUUUCUCCAUUUGUUCAUUAAAUUGUACAUAGUACAAUGUUGCAAACCUGAAGUUCAUCUGAAGGACAGACUCUUGCUCUUUGAUUGCAGCUCAGCCGCCUGAGCUCACUUCACAGUAAAACCAGUUAAAGUAUGGUACACAAUAAAAUGUCUACAAUGUUUUACUGCAGAGCAAAUUCUGCCGAAUGUCAAGAUAUUUAGAAAAUGUAUUUCAGGUUAAUUACUUUUUUGAUAUUCCAGUCAUCAUAAACGUUGCCUUGAUUUAAAAAAGCAGCAUAUUUUUUUAGCUUUUGUAUUUUUGUACUGACAUGUUUUCAAGUAGUUUCAACACAGAUUUGGAGAAAUGUGCUGCAGGACGCACUUCUGCUUUUAACUUCUGCAAUGUUGCUCCAUUUUCCUUGUAAAUGUUUUUCUGAAGGUAAAGGAGAAAUGCUUGUACCAUAAGCUUUAUAAAGUAUAUAUUUGUAUAUGGAAAGACCUUUAAUGUGCAUUUAUUUAUUUUCUGUGUGUGUCAUAUCUCGUCGAGGUAAACUCUGAAAAGGCCAGAUCAAAGCUGAUAAAGCUCUUCAUUUGUGAUGGAGAUGAGUCCAAGUGAUCAGCUGUUUGAGGGUUUAUCUGAGUUUCAAGCCUCCUUCCAAAGCAUUCAAACAAGCAAAUAAAAAUACGCAAGACAAUGAAAUUCUUUUGAGGGUUUUUUUGUUCUAACACAAAAAAGAGAAAUUUUACCACCUAUUUCAAUAUUCUAGAUUGGAAUUCCAGAUGUUUUUGUUUUGAGGACUUUUCUGUGUGCAACAAUGAUUAUCUAAAGGAUAACCUCAGUGGU